ACAGAAACUUGGGGACGGGCCGGUCUACCCAUUUUAUAAAAACCAAAUAUUGGAUAAACCCAUCAUCUCAUCGCCCAUUUUGCCGCUAUUUUUGGUGCAAUUCCACCUCUAUCCUUUCUCCCUGGUUCCAUGUCUAGAGGAACAGACCGUCUGGUGAAGAAUUUGAAGAAAUUUGCGGACUUUCAGUACAAGCUCUUCACAACUCGGUAUGGGCAGCAGGUCAUUGACAUACUCGAGUUUCCAUUUAAGGUGGUUUUAUCCCCUUUCACGCUUGCCUUCGACAUUGCCGGCUCAGCUCCUCGUGGCUUCGGCGUUCCCGAGCUCAUCUCCAAGCUCUCAUAUGCCUCAAUCUUUGAACUGUCAAACUUGCAAUGGGUGGCAAGCGAUGCGGUGUACCAAGUGUAGAGGGUCAGGAAUGGUGAACUACCAAGUUAAAAACUAUGCGUUGAAAAGUGGAGAGAGGGCAACACCAGAAAGUAUUGCAGAUGCCAUUGCAGAUAAUCGGGCCGAGUUGGUUCACCUUCCUUCCACCUUGGAUCUUCAUACACCAUUGCCAUCCAAAGACUGCCCAACAUGUGAUGGAACGGGAGUAAUGAGCUGCCCUGAAUGCAAGAAUAAAUUACAAGUGAGAAUCUCAGCAGAUGAUAUCAUGGAGCCUCCUUGGAAAGCUUAUAAUGUUUUAAGAAAGAUGGAAUAUCCUUAUGAGCAUUUAGUUCAGAGUAUGAAGGACCCCAGCAUUGCCACGUUUUGGUUAAUAACUUUCCCCCAAAUUGUUGGGGGAUUCAACUUUGACGAUGAUGUUAAGCAAAAGAUUUGGUGGCAGUACAAGGAAUCCAUGCGAUAUGAUCAACUCAGAGAUGCUGUCGCGAAGAGGCAACCUGGAUGGGAGUACUUGCAGGAAGCCUUGAUCUCCAUAGACCCUGUUCGAGCCAGGGAUGAUCCUGUGGUUGUGAAAAACAUCCCUUACUACAAGGCCAAGAAGGUACUGGAGGCAGAAGUGAUGAAGCUGGAUCCUCCACCACGACCAGAAAAUUGGGGUGAGUUGAACCUUCCACUGAAUUCAUCUUCUUGGAGUCAGGAUGAUCUUAAAGACCCAGGAAAAUUUUAUGAAAUGACUGUUCUUCUAAAUGCCCAAAGAGAAAUUGCUGACAAAAUCUUGGAUGCGCAGUGGGAAACUAAAUGGCGGCAGGAAAAGUUGAACGAGUUGCUGGAGGAGAAGCUGCAGCCUUACCUUAAGAGUGCCAACAGCAAUAUCCUUACAGCACCAAUUGUGUUAAAGUCAGAGAGCCAAGAUCAGAAGAGAAAUCGACGACGACGAUUUUGGUUCUUUUGACGACGUGCUAUCUGGGCAUCCCAGAGUGCAAAGUUCUCGGUGACAUUCUUUCUCAAGGUACCUUGUCUCCUCCUUUCUUUGAGUUAUAUUUCAUCGUUGAAAGCAGCUGGAACGUGCACUCGAAACUUGACCGUACUGUAUCUAUGCCCCCGCCCCGGAAAAGAAAGAAAAAAAGAAGAAACGGAAGAUAGAAAUGGUGUUGAAAAUCAUUCAUGAGACUAGUGUGGUUUUGGUACACUUAGAUUGCCCCACUAGAACCUCUUAUUUUUGACCAGUUAGCUUCUGAAUUUGCUCAAAUUCUUGCUGUCUUAAGAGGUGGUGUAGCUUCUUUUUAGAUGAUUCUAUUUCUACUGUCCUUUUUAUGUGUUAUGGCUAAUGAUAUUAGUGUGUCAUAAUAUAAAACUCUUCUAUUCGCUUAACUGAUUAA